AUGUUCGUUCCUAGAGCAGUGAAGAGGCGAGCGGAAACUGAAAGAUCCGCAGUGAAGAAGAAAGUAUCGGUAGGAGAUGGCUUAACGUCAAUCGAGCCACCCGUGACACCGGAUACUCACGCUACUCCUAGUUCAUCAUCUGCUGUCUCUACAACUUCUGUCUCCCCAGAACGCCAGCUCUCCGCUCCCUCCUCUGAGCCACCGUCACCGGGUCAUUCCGCUGCUCCAUCAUCAGUGACUGUUGCAGUCUCUCAGCCAGUAUGUGACUCCAUGUCCCCUCAUCACGUUUCCACAUCUGUUUCAUCGGUGGACCCUGUAACUUCUUUGCCAUCGGACACAUUUUGUGCAUCACACUCACCCUCUCUGCCCUCUCCUUCAUCCCAGCUAAAGGAUGUACAGGACGAGCCUAUCAAAUCGUUUAGUAAAUGUCAACGAUGGCCACUUCCAGGGGAACCUGUAUGUGUAAUAUGUGGCCGGUAUGGAGAAUAUAUAUGUGACCAGACUGACCAUGAUAUAUGCAGCCUGGAGUGCAAAGCCAGGGAUAUCUUACAAGCUACAGAUGGUGGCCAAUCUCUAAAUGUUGCUAACCCAUCUCUCCCAAGUGAAACCAUAGGUGAUUCUUCAAAACCUCUGUUAGAGCCAACCUCAGCUGAGAUCACAGACCUUUCAUUUCCAUCAAACCAGACCAGCAAUGCAGAACCUUCACCUUUACCAGAACUGGUAGAAAGUGGACCAUAUACCUACAGAGAGCAUGACUUCAUUAGCCAGCUGACAUCAGAUCAGAUUGAACACUUACGACAACAGCUUGGUUUGUCUGUGCAAGGUGGUGGAGUAUGCAGACCCAUCAUAGAGUUUGAGCAUUGUAAUUUCCCCCCAGCUCUCAGCUUAAACAUUAAGAAGGCAGGUUAUGAAGUUCCCACUCCCAUCCAGAUGCAGAUGAUCCCGGUAGGUCUGAUGGGACGGGAUAUAUUAGCAAGUGCAGACACUGGUUCUGGGAAAACCGCUGCUUUCCUGCUUCCAGCAAUUAUCAGAUGUCUAGAACAGAAAGAAGCCCCUGCCGUAUUAAUUCUGACACCCACAAGAGAACUUGCUGUCCAGAUUGAAGGACAGGCCAAGGAGCUGAUGCUUGGGAUAAGCCUUAUGAAGACUGCCUUGCUUGUGGGGGGAAUGCCGCUUCCUCCCCAACUACAUCGCCUAACGCAGAACAUUCAGGUUAUAAUUGCAACACCUGGGAGACUUCUGGAAAUUAUUAAACAGAACGGCGUAAAUCUUGGUGACCUAAAGAUUGUGAUUGUGGAUGAAGCAGAUUCCAUGUUGACAAUGGGCUUUCAGCAGCAGGUCUUGGAUAUCUUGGAGCACACGCCACAGGAGCGCCAGACAAUCAUGGUUUCUGCUACAAUCCCUGCUGGUAUUGAAGCCUUUGCCCAGCAGCUCUUGAGGGAGUCGGUACGCAUUACUGUAGGUGAGAAGAACCAGCCAUGUUCCAAUGUUCGACAGAUUGUACUAUGGGUGGAGGAGCCCUCCAAGAAGAAGAAACUGUUUGAAAUACUGAACGACUCAAAGCUUUUUCAGCCCCCUGUCCUUGUGUUUGUGGAUUGCCGGAUGGGUGCAGAUCUGUUGAGCGAAGCAGUGCACAAAAUUACAGGAUUACAAACUGUUGCAAUGCAUUCGGAUAAAUCCCAGGCCGAAAGAACCAGAAUCAUGAAGGGUUUGCUGCAUGGUGAAUUUGAUGUGGUUGUCAGCACUGGGGUUCUGGGGAGAGGUCUUGAUUUGAUUAACGUUAAGUUGGUGGUGAACUUCGACAUGCCGUCAAAUAUGGAUGAAUAUGUCCACCAGAUUGGUAGAGCAGGAAGGCUGGGACACAGAGGGACGGCUAUAACGCUCAUCAACAAAAAUAACCGCAAACUCUUCUGGGACUUAGUGAAGAGGGUCCAGCCCACCGGCUCCCUGCUGCCUGCUCAGUUACUAAAUUCCCCGUACCUCCACGAGCAGAAAAGGACUGAGCAGAAGAGAAGGCAGGACCAGGAGAAAGUUGUGACAGGAGAUCAAAUCCUUAACCUCAUUCGAAAACAUGACAGACGCAGAUCUCACAAGUGACUUGGGACUUUACCUUCCUGCUCAGAACGGCAGCAUGUUCUAUUUACGGAGAACCUGGCUGUUCCUCACUCUUUUCUGAACAGAAUAAUUAAUAAAUCUCUUGUUUUCAAAA